CGACAGAGGGACAAAUCAGUGGUUGGCUUUCAGCUCGACUGAGGGCAGGGGAAAAAUUGGUCUAAGUGUCACCCGCGGGCACAGAGUGAUGUAAACACAGCUCCACCUGCCAGCGAGUUUUAGGGGUAAGCCCAUGGGUUCAGACGGCAGUAAAGAUACAUACAACACAUCGUUGGGAAAUGGGACGGAUCUCUAGCCGAGCUCUGUUAAUUUAUCUGGACAACCAGCACGCCUGGGAAAGUCGUCAAUUAACCAUUACGUGCCCGUAAAUUCCCUUCAAAUAGUCACGGGCAAAUUUUAUACGCCCUUCCAAGGGCUCGAUGAACCACAAGGUUCACGGCAGUGAAGCGUACCGCCACUAUAUAGGUCUACUGACGUCGACAUCAGAAGCAUCGCCUUGAGUUGGAGGGUGAAAGAGGCCUUCAUGCCGACUAUAGACCUUUGCCACCAUGAUUCCCAACUAUACGGACUGGGUUGACUACAGCAAUGGUUUGGAGACUGGAGAGGUGAACAUUAAGCCGGACGUGUCCAGGGAAAUUCAGCUGAUCAUUGCUGUUAUCACGACUAGUCUGGGCAGCCUAUGUAACGGUCUGGUACUCGCGCUGUUGUUGUGUCGGCGAGACACCAGAACUCUGCCUUUCCUCGCUGUGACCUUGCUCUCUCUCUGUGACUUUGUCAGGAAUGGCAGUGCCAUAUUGCUAAUCGUUGGAGAAGCUCUCCAGCAGUGGAUAUUUGGUGACGCGGUCUGUAAGGUGACGCGUUAUCUUCAUUUCUGCAGCACCAUAACGAGCAGCUGGCAUUUAGCGUUGGCCAUUCUGGUCAGGUAUCUUGCCACCUUCAAGAACACCUCGUGUUUGACCAAUCUGCGCUUUGACCGGAUGGUUCUCUUUAGCUUGCUGACGUGGCUGCUGGUUAUCAUCGCAUCCAUACCCGUCGUCAUCACAUACUCCGCCUGGGAAGUUCCGUAUAGUUCUCCAAAAGUGGUCGUUUGCAUUUUUCAGCCAGAUCCGGAAAAAAGCAGAGCACUGAUCAUCAGCGAUGCCAUCGUCAGGUUUCUCUUGCCGUUCUGCGCUCUCUUCCUGAUCACUAUGGCGUCUCUGUGCAAAAGCUGCGGUCCGAAUCCCUCAGGAGUCUGCUGUACGAAAACCGUGAUCAUAUCCACUCCAAUCGUCUUUGCCUGCCUACAGCUGCCUCUUCAGGCCUGUUCCAUCUAUAUGACUCGUACAAUGGCCGUGGAUCAGAAAACCCUGUUACUCCACCAACUGGCCGACUCAUUGUCUUAUACCAGCACUGUGUUUGAUCCCAUCCUACAAGCAUUCACAACGCCGGAGUUUCGGUCCGUGUUUGCUGGCUGGUGGUGUUGCGCUAAGCGAUACGAUGCCAGCAAAGCAGAGAAACGCGCCAGAAGAAGACAAAACAAGCGAGAAGAGACGGAGACCCGGAAUCCUACUGAUUCUUAGAAAUCCCAAAAGUCUUGUCAACACAAAAGACUUAACAAUGUUUCUUUGAAUUAAAACCACAAGCCUGUUUUCAUCACAAGGCAUUCAUUACGUCGAACUGUUCCUCUAAUCAAACGCCAUUGGCUUAACAACGAUUCUUGGAAUUAAAACCACAAGCCUGUUUUCAUCACAAGGCAGUCAUCACUUCGUAAAAGAACAGUUCUCCUGAUCAAACGCCACUGACUUAACAACAAUUCUUGGAAUUAAAUCCAAAAGCCUGUUGUUAUGACAAGGCAUUCAUCCUGUCAACAUUUCUUCUAAUCAAAUGCCACUCACUUAACAAAGGUUCUUGGAAUUUGUACAACGAAAAAGCUCUUAUUCAACGACAUUCAACACAUCGCAAAAGAACAGUUCUUCCAAUCUGCAACUUUUGAAUUUGGGCUUGUUAAUUCUUGCCACAACAUUCAGAUCGAUGGCUAUGAUCUCACACUGAUUUUUGUUGUAAUUUAUCGUGAAUGUUGAAUUAUUGACAUGACAAUGUUAGCAAUUCAUGUGACCAAUGUACAGCACGAGUUAUAUAUCGAUGGUACAGCCAGAACGAGGAUUUUAUGUCAUUUAAAUCUGGCUCAGUUCACUAAAGCCUUCGUCUCGCUGCAGAUAAUUGACCCUCGACCAAUGAGCUCGCAGACACUAGUCCAGCUAUCACUAGUCCUGCAGGUCUGUUCGGACUUUAUCCCGGUACCUGAUGGAGGGAAUUAGUUUACUCUGGACAAUUUAAAUUCUUUGGCCCUCAAACAACACCACCGUCGUACACAAAAGUAGAACAACUGAGCAUGCUUUAAACAGCAAUCAAAUGAUCUAGCUCUGAUGCUUAAAGAGUUGGCUCGUAGAGAUUAUUAGGCCCUUGAUCAAAGAGCCUUGUGUUCGAAUCCUGCUGUUUCGGCUACGGCUAAAGGUCAAGAUGUUUGUCAGGUUCCAGGUGGUUUACUCCGGACACUCCAGCUUCCUUCACACAUAUACCUGACAGCUGUGAUAUAAGUGAGAAAUACUUGACGAUGGCUUUAAGCACCAGUUAAAUCAAUCCAUCAAUAAAAUAAAUAAAUACGAUUAAAUUCUAGAA